AUGCAGACGCUGAAGCUGGGGUGGGGGUUGAACGUCCAGGAGAUGGACACCAGCUGUCUGAAGCUGGUGUCUGCCCUGGAGGAUGGAUCUGGAUCCCACGUGCACCUCCGCGUGUGCCUGGCGCUGCUGGCGCUGCUGGCGCUGCAGGGCCCCCGCGCCUGCGCCACGCCGGGCCCGGCGCUCUGGCCCCUGCCGCUGUCGGUGCAGACGUCCCCGCGCCUGCUGCGCCUGGCCCACGAGAGCUUCUACAUCGGCCACGACCCCUUCUCCGCGGCCGGCCCCUCGUGCACCAUCCUGCAGGAAGCGUUUCGGCGAUAUUAUGACUAUAUUUUUGGUUUCUACAAGUGGUAUCAUGGCCCUGCUAAAUCUCCUGUUGAAACGGAGUUACAGCAGCUUCUCGUCUCGGUUGUCCUCGACUCGGACUGUAACGCCUUCCCCAACGUCUCUUCAGACGAGUCCUAUACUUUGCUUGUGAAAGAACCAGUAGCUCUCCUUAAGGCCAACAGAGUUUGGGGAGUAUUACGAGGUUUAGAGACCUUUAGCCAGUUAAUUUAUCAAGAUUCUUAUGGGACUUUCACCAUCAAUGAAUCCAUUAUUGUUGAUUCUCCAAGGUUUCCUCAUAGAGGAAUUUUAAUUGAUACAGCCAGACACUAUCUGCCAGUUAAGAGUAUUCUUAAAACUCUGGACGCCAUGGCUUUUAAUAAGUUUAAUGUUCUCCACUGGCACAUAGUUGACGACCAGUCUUUCCCUUAUCAGAGCAUCGCUUUUCCCAAGUUAAGCAAUAAAGGAAGCUAUUCUUUGUCUCAUGUUUAUACACCAAAUGAUGUCCGUAUGGUGAUUGAAUAUGCCCGAUUACGAGGGAUUCGAGUCAUACCAGAAUUUGAUACCCCUGGACAUACACGGUCUUGGGGAAAAGGUCAGAAAGACCUCCUGACUCCAUGUUACAAUGGACCUAAGCAGUCUGGGACUUUCGGACCUAUAAACCCCAUUCUGAAUACAACUUACAGCUUCCUGUCUAAACUUUUCAAAGAAAUUAGUAUGGUGUUUCCAGAUUAUUUCAUUCAUUUGGGAGGAGAUGAAGUAGACUUUCAAUGUUGGGAGUCCAAUCCAGAUGUCCAAAAUUUCAUGAAGCAAAAAGGCUUUGGGAAAGAUUUUACAAAACUAGAAGCUUUCUAUAUUCAGGAGCUUUUGGAUAUUAUUUCAACCAUAAACAAGGGAUCCAUAGUGUGGCAAGAAGUUUUUGAUGAUAAAGUGGAGCUGCAGCCAGGCACGGUAGUUCAAGUGUGGAAAACAGAGGCGUAUCGUGGAGAACUAAGUCAAGUCACAGCGGAUGGCUUCCCUGUGCUCCUUUCUGCUCCGUGGUACUUAGAUUACAUUAGUUAUGGACAAGACUGGGAGAAAUACUAUCAAGUGGAACCUCUUGAUUUUGAUGGUUCUCCAAAACAGAAGAAACUUGUCAUUGGUGGAGAAGCUUGUCUAUGGGGCGAAUAUGUGGAUGCAACUAAUCUCACUCCAAGAUUAUGGCCUCGGGCAAGUGCUGUUGGUGAGAGACUCUGGAGUCAUAAAGAGGUCCGAGAUGUAGAGGACGCCUACAAGAGACUAGCGAUUCACCGCUGCAGAAUGGUCAGACGCGGAAUAGCUGCAGAGCCUCUUUUUACUGGAUAUUGUAGCCAUGACGACAAAAUGUAAAAAUGAGCUGAAACAAAAA